UGAUAGGUUGUUCGAUAUUCUGUUUAUAUUGAUUGAUGAGUUGUUCGAUAUUUUUGUUGUAUUUAAUGAUAGGUUGUUCGAUGUUUUGUUUGUAUUUAAUGAUGGGUUGUUUGAUAUUCUGGUUAUGUUUAAUGAUGGGUUGUUCGACAUUCUGUUUGUAUUUAAUAAUGGGUUGUUUGAUGUUCAGUUUGUAUUUAGUGCUGGAUUUUUCGAUCAUUCAAAUAAAACUGAAUUAGAAGUUGAAACUUCUGAACUAGGAAAUUAUCCUGAAAGUCUCAUAAUUGCUUAUAAAGAAACAAAAAAUAAUAUUACACAAUGGUCAUUUAAUUAUUUUAUUAAAGUAGAAGGUUUUUAUCCAAAUGUUUCUAAACUUUGUUAUAUAUUAGCUCCUAAAAAGUAUCUAAUACCUAAUAACUAUUUCAUGAAAACAAGUUGGAAACAUGGUGAAAAUAUAUCAGCAACUAUAGUUGCAACAAACUAUAUGAAGGCUAUAAACAAAACGAGUCGAUUAUUUGGACCAUUGCUCUUUGGAUUACAGCUUCAGAUACUUAAAAACAUUAGAAAAUCUCGAACUGGACAAUAUUCAAUUAAACCUAUAAGUCAAAAUUUAAUUAAACGUGUAAAUCAAUGUUCUGAGUUAAUACUUAAUAGGCAUGCAAAAAAUAUUGCAACUAUAAUUAAGGAUAAAUUUAUUCAAAGUUAUAUAUUUAAAUACUAUAAUCAAGACUUUGUUUUAUUAAAGUUAUUCAAAUAUACUGUCAGUAAUCGAACUUAUUAUCUUAGUUUUAGAGCAGAUAAUUUUGUGCAAAAAAAAAAUGAGAUCUUAAAUAUAAUUAAAAUUAUGGAUUCAAAUUAUAUUUCUCAUGAUGCUUAUCAAGGUUUAGCUGCAAUAGAUUAUCACCUGCCAUGUAAAAAUAUUAUCGUAUUUGAACGGAAUAACUUAACCCAAAAGAUAACUAAAGACAUUUCAAUUAAACUUGUUGACAUGGAUAAAGUGAUAAAUAAUUUAGAAAUUAUUGAAAAAUCUGACAAACCUAAUAAUGAUAGUAUAGAUUUUAAUAAAGUUCUAAAUUCAAUAGAUAUUAGUAGACAACAUGACUGUAAAGGAAUACUUAAAUAUCUAAUUUCUUAUUUAGUAUAUAAAAAUAUAUUAUCGAUUCAUGAUCCAAUAAUUUAUUUAUGA